AUGCCCAAGUUAACGCCCAGAUUAGAGUCUAUUCGGCUCACCGUUAUGCGGAAGUCAAUCGAUCCUGCAUUGGAGCCAGGAUGUGAACUUCCCCUCGAAUUUCUUUCCUCGGCUGAUUACUUGCGUAGAAUCGAAUUGACGAGAUUUAUUAUCAAUUGGGAAUCGUUGGUUUCACAAAACCUCACUCAUGUCAAAAUUCACGACGUCCCUCCAUCUGCCCGACCGACCGUAACCAUACUGUGGAAAGCUUUGCAGAAAAUGCCUUUGCUCGAAUUGUUGGAGUUAUCCAAUGUCCUGACAGAUGGUGAUACUGAUACUUUAUUGUUUUCUGAUGUAUCCUCUAUCCAUUUGCCACACCUCAGAAUCUUAUCCCUUGUCGCCACGACACCACAAGUCAGCAAUAUUUUGCGCUACUUGUCAUUUCCACAAACAGCACAUAUUCAUAUUGAUUGCAAAGGCACCCAUACCACGAAGUUUGACUUCUCUGAUAUCACAUCCUGGGCAUCGACCUUCCUAGCUGCACCUAAGAAAGCCCGUGGACCGAUGAUACGCACCUUCGAGGUCCGAUCCUCCUAUCCCACACCCGGCCUUAGGUUUCGUGCGUUCUCAGAGGUACUCUCCGACAGUGAUUUCACGAAAUCUGGACUGGAUCCGAUCUUCAACUUAACAUUAACUUCUGGGUUCAUCACCGACAUAUCUGUCGCAGAAAUAGACAAAAUGUUAGUCGACGUUUUUAUUGCAAUGCCACUACACGGAACCGUUGCGUUGCGCUUGGACCAAAACUACCACUCGAUGUCUUCAAGCGCGUUAACAAACACUUUUGGCACCCUUAACCAGCUGCGAUCUGUGACUGCGUCCGGUAUUGUAACAGAGUUCCUUGUGAAGGCACUAGGGGACAUUUUACCGAACCGACGGUCUACCAGAUCCCACCAUGCACAGGCGACGUUUCCGGCAUUGCGGUCGGUAUCAUUGUGCAAUGUCGAUCUGGAAUUCGAAGUUCCACUAAAGUCUUUGGAAGACGCUCUUAAGGCGAGGAAGAAACGUGGAGUGGAGGUUCGAGAACUCAAGCUGGAGAUGUGUAGUCGAAUCACCCAGGUUGAUGUCUCUGGACUGCAACGUAUUGUGCCAGCGGUCAAGUGGGAUGAAAAUGAACUUGGAUUCACUGACGAAGAGGAAGAGGAAGAUUACUAUUAUGAUGAGUACGCGUAUGAAUUUGAUAUCUAUGACUCGGAUGGUACCGUAUGCGGAGAUGACCAAAAGUCAUUCCUCGAAGUCGACGGGUACCCGUGGUGCUCGUGGGCAUCAAUUAUGACAGACCUGGCUUCAACAUCUGUGAGCCCUUUUGUAUCAGUGACUUUAUCUUCAACUAGCGACCAAAACUCGACGGAUAACGCGGUUCAAGCUAUUGAUCGAGAAAUUCGAGAAUUGAAGACCCGUCGAAACGAUUUGAUUCCCAUUGCGAAGCUCCCACCUGAGGUUCUCAGUAGGGUUUUCCACAUUGUCCGACAAGAUUCUCGGUUUACCCAAUGGGUCAAAUUAAGUUUUGUCUGUCGCCGGUGGCGAGGAGUAGCUCUGGAUACCCCUUCCUUCUGGGACAGCCCUCCGCUCCUUUCCCCUCAUUGGACUGAAGAAUGUUUGUCUAGGUCCAAAAUGUCGAACCUCACUCUCAACUUUCCAUAUCAUAAGCCUGCGUCCAACCAGCGCAUCGCUUCACUGUCGAAGAUACUUCGACAGCAUUCAAGCCGAAUACGUGAGAUCAAUUUCGCAUUGACCCAUGGAUCUUGCGAAAUAGGAAAUAUCCUAUCGCUUUUACCAAAAUCUCUACCUUGCCUCGAAUCAUUUUCUCUGGAAGUAAACUUGCUAACACGCGCUUAUCACCCACAAUACAACCCUCUUGUGCCGCUACAAGUUCCAGACGACUCUCUUCACGAAAUGGAACGUAUACGUAGCUUGAAAAUGAUAGGCGUUGGUUUCAAUUGGAAAGCACAUCUUCCCAAUACACUCACCGAACUGAAGCUUAGCGAUAUCCCGCACAGUUGCCUACCCACUCUGACACAAUUUUGGAAUGCCAUGAAGAAUAUGCCACUAUUACACAGCCUGUCUCUGAAGGAUGCUUUUCCUGAGCAUCCAGGAGGGACACUUCUCACCGAAAAAAUCAACUUUCAUCAUCUACAAAAUUUAUCCAUAUCGGCUUCAUCUAUGAAACAAAUUGAAAUGUUCUUAGCAGGCGUUUCUUUUCCACCUACGAUUGUUUUGAAUAUUGCUUGCUGUGAACAAGCAAACUUACUGAAUCUUUCUACUCACCAUGAAUUAUUUUCGACCAUGGCAUAUGUAGUUGAAGGGAACACAAGACCACUACAGCUGGACGUAACUCUUCCACUUCUAUCGACAGGCAGAUUUGGCUUAAAAAUUGAUGUAUAUAGCGACUCUGUUCUCGAGCUCCACAAAUUGGAAUUUCACAGAGAACCCCUCGAGUAUCCUGUUUUGUCAUUCUCCACUGGAGGAAACAGCAACUGGUCACUACUGGAUGAUUAUGAUCAAGCAUUAACUGAGCUUUUCAAUGCUUUGCCUCUGGAAGAAACUAUUCAACUGCGCAUUCGGGAUAGUACUAGGACCGAUCCUUUAUCACCCCAAACAAUCCUACAAACCUUUGGGUGUUUACCCAGGCUAGAGGCAUUGGCUCUCAGGCCGACGCCCAAUUAUUUAUCGGCGCUGAAAACCACGUUACCUGUGAUACCUUCUGAACCACAACGACCGAGUUCUGCGAUAUCCUUUCCCAGUCUCCACUCAAUCACCGUUGUCGACACCGACUUCGAUUUGAAUAAAUACGAUAUGGACACUUCAAUCUCUACAAAACGUUUAUUAGAUUGCCUUACGUGGAGGUGUGAGAACGAUGCAAAACUGCAGAAUGUCAGGUUCAGAUUAUGCACAAGACUCUCAAAAAAAGUUAUAAACACCGUUAGUGUUGUUGUUGGAAACGUUGAUUGGGAUGAAGCGGAGAAAGGCUUCGUCAAUGAAGAACAAGAAACCGAUGAAGAGGUGUCUUCAACACCUUGUUAUGAUGAUUACGAUGAUUAUACUUUUUAUCACGAUUCGGAAUGA